AUGCUAUGUAUCAUCUGCAUUAAUAUUGAUAUUAGUGUUUUUUGUAGGUUAAAUUUGAGGAGUUAUCAGCUCAUUUUGGCCUUCACAUUUGCCAUUGAGGAAAUCAACAGGGACCCUCAUCUUUUACCCAAUACCUCUCUAGGAUUUGAUGUUAUAAAUAUUAAUAAGGGUGGAGACUACAUGCUGAAUGAAGUGACUGGUUGGCUCACAGGAAUGAAUAAAAGCAUUCCCAAUUACACAUGUAAACCUAAGCACAAAGCUGUUGCUAUAAUUACAGGAUCAUACUGGACAACAACUGCAGGUAUUGGGACACUACUCCAGCUCUACAAAUAUCCACAGAUAUCUUUUGGACUGUUUGAUACUUUUCUGAGUGACCGAAGCCAGUUCCCUUCUCUUUACCAGAUAGCCACAAAGGACACAUCAUUGUCACUUGGCAUUAUUUCUUUGAUGCUUCAUUUCAGGUGGAAUUGGGUUGGACUGAUCCUUCUAGAUAACCAUAAAGCAAUACAGAUUCUCUCAGACUUCAGAGCAGAGAUAUACAGGAAUAAGUUGUGCAUAGCUUUUGUAAAGAUAAUGCCCGAAAGUUUUACUUUUGAAAACUAUGACAAGGAAUCCCCAGAAACUCUCAAACUAAUCAUGGCAUCAUCUGCAAAUGUUGUUAUUGUUUAUGAUGACACUCAAUCUUUACAUGUUUUAAUGCUAAAUUUCAUGGAACUGAUAAUAACAUGGAAAGUAUGGGUGAUGAAUUCACAAUGGGACGUAAACAGUGGCAUAGAUUAUUUUAUGUUUGAUUCUUUUCAUGGUAGCCUUUUUUUUGCACACCACCACAAUGAGAUACCUAAUUUUAGAAAAUAUGUUGAGUCAUAUAAUCCUACCAAAUACCCAAAAGACCCUAUUCUUGGUUUUUUAUGGAAUAAAUAUUUCAAUUGCUCCAUUUCUAAACCUGAUUGUAAAAUAUUGGAUAACUGUCUUCCCAAUGUUUCCUUAAAAUUAUUGCCUGCAAAUUCAUGGAUUAUGAAAAUGCCUGAGGAGAGUUACAAUAUAUAUAAUUCUGUAUAUGCUGUGGCUCACAGUCUCCAUGAGAUGACUGUCAAAGAAAUACAAUUUCAAUCUCAUCAAAAUUUUGACAACAUUAACAUAUGGGAGCUUAACACUUUUCUGAAGAAUGUCAAUUUUAAAAAUGGUGUUGGAGACCAAAUAGUUUUGGAUACACAAAGGAAAUUGGAUGGGGAAUAUGAUAUUCUCAAUUUCUGGAAUUUCCCGAAAGGUCUCAGACAAAACAUGAAAGUUGGAUCAUUUUCUCCAAAAGCUCCACAGGGUCAACAACUGGUUUUGUCUGACUCUAUGAUACAGUGGGCUAUAGGAUUUAUGGAGCUGCCUCGCUCAGUGUGCAGUGAGAGUUGUGUACCAGGGUUCAGAAAAUCCUCCCAGGAGGGAAAGGCUGACUGUUGCUAUGAUUGCACUCCUUGUGGGGACAAUGAGAUUUCCAAUGAAACAGAUGCUGAUAGUUGUAUGAAAUGUCCAGAAAGUCACUAUGCAAACAUACAGCGGAACUAUUGUCUACAGAAAUCUGCGACAUUUUUGGCCUAUGAAGACACUUUGGGAAUGGCUCUCACUUGCAUGGCCCUGGGUUUCUUUGUACUCACAGCUGGUAUCCUUGGAGUCUUUGUGAAGCACCACCACACUCCUAUUGUCAAGGCCAAUAAUCAGUCUCUCACUUACAUCUUGCUCGUCACUCUGACCUUCUGUUUUCUCUGUCCCUUGCUUUUCAUUGGAAAUCCCAACCCAGCCACCUGUAUCUUACAACAGAGCACAUUUGGACUUCUGUUCACAGUGGCUCUCUCCACAGUCUUGGCAAAAACAGUAACGGUUGUUCUGGCUUUCAAGGUCACUGUUCCCGGAAGAAUUGUUAGGUGGCUGAUGAUAUCUAAGGCCCCAAACUUCAUUAUCCCCAUCGGCACCACUAUCCAACUUGCGCUCACUGGAAUUUGGCUUGGCACUUCUCCUCCCUUCGUAGACUCAGAUGCUCACUCAGAACAUGGACACAUUAUCAUUUUGUGUAACAAGGGCUCAGUUGUAGCCUUCCAUUGUGUUCUGGGAUACCUCUGCUGCUUGGCACUUGGAAGCUACGUUAUGGCUUACUUCUCCAUGAAACUGCCUGACACAUUCAAUGAAGCCAAGUUCUUGACAUUUAGUAUGCUAAUGUUCUGCAGUGUGUGGGUCACAUUCCUCCCUGUUUACCAUAGCACUAAGGGAAAGGUCAUGGUGGCCAUGGAAGCCUUCUCUGUAUUUGUUUCCAGUGCAGCUCUCCUAGGCUGCAUCUUUGUUCCCAAGUGCUACAUUAUUUUGCUAAGGCCAGAUAGAAACUCAUUUCAUUGUGUCCGACACAAAGCACAUUCUAGAGGAAAAGUUCAUCUUUCAAAUUAG